GCUAAAAUUUAUUAUGGAAGGAUUCAAAAUCAACUGGAUGAAAAUGAAAGAUGCUGAGACCCAGAAGCUUCUCUGGGAGUGCCAAGAGUGGGACCAUAAUUGUGAACUAACAGAGCGCUUUCCUAAAGAGAUCCUUGAAUGAAAAUGAGUCUCCCUUGAAAUAAAUUUCUCAAGCAGAGAUAAAAUAGAGAAUUUCAGAAUAAUCCAAAAAGUAUCUCUAAUGGGGAAUGUAAUUGAAGAAUGGGACUUUAAAUUUGGAUUUGUCAUGCCGUCCUCUGUUAAUAACUGGGAGCAGAUUAUUGAUGCGGCUGACAAAGAGGAAAUGAUACCAGCAGAGAUUCUCAGUGGCAAUAUGGUAGUACAAACUUAUUUCUACUCAGGAGAAGAAGUAAUUCAUACCACUAAGAUGACAGUAAUUUAUGAAUAAGAGACUUUUGAGGUUG